AUGUGAUGAACUAGUGAUCGUAAAAUCGGUUAUCUUUCUAAUACUUGAAUAAUAUCUUUUAGAGCUCAUUCGUUGGUCUACGAUUAACUACCUAAAAAAGCCGCGAAAACAGAGGGUAACGCGAAAUUCAACAAGUGAUUUUUGAUGAAGCUCAUUUGAAUCCCAGAAAGCGAAUCUGUUCUGAUAAAAAUAGAAAUUGYGGCGCGGAGUUUAAAGGGCUGCUGAAGAGUCCACAGUUGUCAUAWCGCCUGAUCAAGUGUUCCUAUUAUUGAUGGUCUGGAAAGGUGAAACAUUAGAGUGAUUUAUGURAGGCAACAGGUGCACCAAAAUUUGAAAAUGAAUCAAAMCCAAGAAAAAAGCAAACAGAAAGUCACCRCCGGUCCCCASCAGUCCAAAAGACCGAGAAAAACUAGGACUCGCUCGUCCCGCAACAAGCGGGAUAACCACUCACGGUUCGGGAUUCGCUAUUUACAUCAUCAUAUGUUUGAGGACGGCGGUUCUGAAUCUAAACAACCAUGCCCUUCUGUAGAAUGUAAAUGUGGCACAAGUAUGGCCGCCGUAUAUAGCGGUAAAACACUGGUCGCUCUCACAUUAUCAGUUCUCGUUCUACUGAUCGGAGUGACUUUUAUGCUUGUUGGAUACAUAAUUCCACGACGGUCUGUUGUAUAUAUCGAAAGAGGAGACGGAACAAGAAGACCAUUGGAUUCUACAGCUAUCACCUUUAAUACCAUGCUAGAUGAUUUUACUUUGGUAGGAACUAUUCUUAUUUCUGUCGGAGCUUUGUUAUUUUGUGUGGUGCUACUAGUCCCAAUCUGUAGAGCUUCAAAUCGAAAAGGGGAAUAUCGUAAAGCUCCCACCGAAGAGACACCCGUUAGGAAAGAAAUGAGCUCUGAAUCUCUCUCGAGCCAACCUAGCGACUUUGAUAGACGGACCUCAUCGGGAGCAGCAUCUUCGACGAGCUCUCUUCAAAAAAUUCCAGUUUUAGCAGUUGUUCAUAACGUACAGCCGAAAGCACAGCACAGAUCGACGUCUAAUCUACAUGAAUACAGGAAAAACGCCAACCAGUUUAAAGACUCCUUCGAGGAGGAAGAUUAAUGGGUUAUUUUUGUAUAGUGUAUGGACUCCAUGGCGACAUGAAUAGAGAAAAUCUGUUWUUACUCAAGAAGUAAAGACAGAAUCUUAGUCAAA